GAAUAUUUGUAUAAGGAUGGAGGAAGUUGCGACCAAACAUUCUAACUAAAUCUGAUUCUUUCAUAGAGUGUACCAUUAGACAUAUCAUCGUACAAAACUCUCUCCCAAAAAUCUACUAAUACUUAAGCAAAUCAAUGUGACUCAAAUUUCAAUUAUUGGCCAACAACACCUCAUCUAUCCGCACUCAAAUAUGAAAUUCUUGAUGAAGAAUUAAAUACACAUGCCCCACACUCCCCUGUCUUCAAAUUCAACAGCAGUUGCAUCUGCAGGCUCCUCUGCCACCACAUUAGAGAGAGAGAGAGAGAGAGAGAGAGAGAGAGAGAGAGAGAGAGAGAUGGGGAGUUGGCACAGCGUAGAGAAGAGGGGCGGCAGCCCGAGCGAGAAGGUGGUGGAAGGGCUGAAGGAGAAGGUCCGGCUCCUCCAAGGCGAGAUGAACGAGGUAAUAUGCAUGAGAGAGAGAGAGAACGAGGUGUAUGAGAGAGAAUUAAUGGUGUUCGCCUUCAAGCAAGCCGAGUGGAAGAGAGAGAGGAAGCGCCUCAAGGACGAGGCCAGGAAGCUGCGGAAGGUUCUAGAAGAUCAUAGCCAGGAGAGUUACGAAUUCAUUCCCUCCUGCUGCUGUAAUAACAUUAAGGAAGACCAAGCCACGAGAGAUGAAACCCUAGAGAAAUGGAAGCAGCUCUAUUUCGCCAUUAAAGUCGAGCUCGAUCAUCUUAUUCAACGAACGCGUCAAGAAGAGAGAUUGUGCUGGAAAACGGAGGAGGAGGAUGUGACGCUGGAGCUGAAGCAGGAGCUGAGGGCCAAGGAAGAGAGGAUUGAGUUUCUGCAAGCGAAGCUGGCGGCAAUGGAGCAUCAGGAAUUGAAGAGAGAGAGAGAGAUUGAUAUUUUGAGACAGAGUUUGAGGAUUAUGAGCCAUAAGAAGAGAGCUACCACCAAGCAUCAACGCAGAUUAGUUAAGGAAUUUUAGUUAAAUGCCGUUAAUUACAAGUCCAAGGUUGUCCUUUUUGUGUGUGUGUGAAAGUUGUUUGUGGUUGGUUAAGUAAUUAGGGCUCUCUGCAUGAUUUGAGAUGCAUCAAGGAGCAGGAGAGAGAGAAAAUAUAUAAUGUGUUAUAUGCCUCAUGUAAACAAUUAAUCGAUAUAUUUAUAUAUAUAUAUAUAUAUAUUUGCUUUCUUUUA